UAGUUGUUCCUUUUUUAUUAUUCUGGGACGUUGAUGUUACGAAAUUGAUAGAGAAAGUCGCGGUUGUGUGCUGGGUUGGCAUUAGUGCGUGUCAAUGGUGUUGACGUAUAAGUCAGAGGUUUUUUUUUGUUCGUAUCGUGGUUCGACCGAUGUUUCGGACGUGCUUGUCAAAAUUCGCUCUGGCUUCGAGAUGGCUUCUAAACAACAAGAAAUAGAGGUGCUGGAUAAUUGGGAGGAUAUCGAAGAGUCGGACGUCGAACGGAAGUUUAGUAAGCUUCUGUUGCCGAGCACUAGGACGUCGUCAAUGACGACGAGUACGACGACGACGAUGAUGCCGUCGAUGUCGAGGAGUUUGAUUGGUGGCGGCGGCAGUGGUAGUGCUGCCGGUUGCGGGACGCCCUCCUCCUCGACGCCUACGUCGAUGCUCUCUCGGAGUUGUAACGGCACAAAUGGGUCCCCAAUCAAUAUUAUACUUACAGGAGACGAUGCCCUCCGGUCACAGUACGCCCCGCCUGAACCCAUAGUGACAAUCUUGAGGCGACCUACGAAAGAGAACAGUAGCCAGAAUGAUAACAAAGUGUAUCAGCCGAAAAAGACACUGAAGCAAAGGGAGCAGGAGUACGCGGAGGCGAGGCUAAGAAUACUGGGGGCCACGCAUAGCGGCGAAACUAAAUCUGAAGAGAGUCGAGUCUCAAGCAUACAGAACAAACCUAGGUCUGCAGAAAUUGAAAAUGUGAUAAGGUUACCGAAAGGCCCGGACGGAACGAAAGGUUUCUCCACGUUGAAGAGAUAGUACAUAAGUACACAACAGAUCAUUUAUAUAUAUCUAUAUAUAUAUGUAUAUGUACAGAAACGCAUACAAACACACACACACACACACAUUUACAUGUAUAACAAUUAUUAUUAUAAUUAUAAUUAAGUGAGAUGGAGGAGGAAUGAUGCAAACAAUUGAUUAUUAAAAGGAGCCGAUUGGAAAGUGGAAAUGGCAAACAUAUUUUCAUAUUAUAAAUAAUUAUUAGGAUACAAAUAUAUGUGUAUAAUGAUUAUAUGUAUAAAAGUGUUGGAAAGUGAAAUUGUUGCAGCAUAAUACAUGACCACUUUACAUCGAGACGACGAAGACAACCAAACAUACACCUAAUCAAUCAAUCAAUUUCCUUCCUUCUUUCCAUCCCACCACUUUCAUUAAUUUCUUCAUCUUUUCGAUGUAAAAAGAAAAGAAGAAA